AUGGAACAUGUGAAUUGUAAACCAGGCAAUGUAUUGAUCACUGGUGGUUGCGGUUUUAUUGGUUCAAAAUUCAUUAAUUACAUUUCUGAUGUUUGGCCUGGAAGUUCCAUUAUCAAUAACGAAAAGCUGAUUUUCAAUUCAGUUAUUUCUAAUGCGAGUGAUGCGGUGAUUAGUUCUUCACGUUAUCAUUUUAUCGCAGUGUUAUUUCAGAUUGAUACUGUGAUACAUUUUGCUGCGGACUGCACUUCAACUCGAUGUUAUGAUGAUCCCGUUGAAUCCAUAGAAAAUAAUGUAAUAGCUCUUUUCCAUUUUCUAAGAACUGUUCGAUCAUACGGCAAAUUCCAUCAAUUCCUGCAUAUCAGCACAGAUGAAGUUCUGUUUGUGCUAAUUUAUUUUAAAUUUCGUCAGUAA